CCGGCUUCUGCCUCGCACAUGGUCCUUGGCUCAGGCACGCACCUGAAGCCUUUCAGGGCGUAAUGAGGCGUCCUUAAUGGGAGUGAGGCCAGGGCAAGGGCUGUGCCCACCUUAUCCGCCCUCCCUGGGGAACGGCUUGGAGAGCGCAAUUAGCGAGUGGGCUGUCAGUCAGCUUGCCCUCAAGGGACAGAGCCUGGUGUGCAAAAGGGGUGGGGAUGUGGCGGCUUUCUCGCUGAGGUUUGUUAUUAUUGGGUGGAGGAGGGGGAGGGGGUGUCUGCCGAGCAGACAAAAUGCGGAGCUCCCUCCCCGCAAGUGUGUAUGUGCGGGAGGUGGGUGGCCGCGGUUCGUCAGAGAGACCGAGGUGGAGAAGCGACUAAAGUGCUUCAGCAGCGGACGGAGCAUGCACUCUGCUCGCCAGUUCCCUGCCCUGCCUGCGGAGGAGGAGCGCUACCGGCAGGUCCUCUCCGCCAACCGGGUCCUAGAUGAGGAUAAUAUGGGGGAUGGCUGCUCUCAGAAACUGGCUUCUGCCAAGUUCCUUCGACUGCUGCUCCUAAUAUUGAUUCCAUGCAUCUGUGCCCUUAUCCUUUUGUUGGUGAUCCUGCUAACCUUUGUAGGAGUCUUAGAAAAGAACUGCUUUUAUUCCAAUGGAAGUGAGAUCCUCACAGCCAAUGGAGACAUCGACACAUCUGCUGUUCUUUUGCCAAACGUGGUGGAAAACAGUUCCAAGACUGGUCCCACAGUGGAUCUGAGCACACAGCCCUCUCCCUGGACCACCAUGCCUUUAUCCCACAUCGACCAAACAAACAAGGACUCAAAUGUAUCGAGAGACACUUCCCAGGAAGAUUCGUUUGCUCUUGCAACUCAAGCCACAGUGCUCAGUCCUCACCCUACAUAUGAUGCUGCUUCACCAAAGGGCUCUGAAGACAGCACCCAGCUGUUUUCCACUGCAGAGGAAGAAACUUUGGGGUCUGCAGAUGCAUCCUUUAACAACACAGAGAGGAUGACCACUCUGCCAGUAUUAAGUCCUACCCAGCUGUCUGUGUCACAAGAGAUGGACCAGAGAAAAAGUGCCUGCAUAACUAUCACCAACAGCCAGUGCCAAAUGCUGCCAUAUAACUACACCACUCUAACUUCAGUUCUUUCCAUUGUCAAAAGCAUUGAAAUGGAAAAGUUCCUGAAGUUCUUCAGCUAUCUCAAUCGUCUCAGCUGCUAUCAACACAUCAUGCUGUUUGGCUGUAGCCUUGCUCUUCCUGAAUGCAUCAGUGACGGUGAUGACAGCCAAGGCCUCUUGCCCUGCAGGACAUUCUGUGAGGCUGCAAAAGAAGGCUGCGAACCAGUCCUGGCUAUGGUGAAUGCUUCCUGGCCAGAAUUCCUGAAGUGCUCUCAGUUCCAGAACAAACCAGAGAAUGACAGCACAGCAAGGGUCUGCUUCUCACCACACCAAGAGAAAGGAAAGCAGUCACUGUGUGGAGGAGAGGAGAGUUUCAUGUGUGCCAGUGGCAUCUGCAUCCCAGGGAAGCUGCAAUGUAAUGGCUACAAUGACUGUGAUGAUUGGAGUGAUGAGGUCCACUGCAACUGCAGUGCUGAUGUCUUUCGCUGCAACACAGGAAAAUGCCUGAAUUACACUUUGGUUUGUGAUGGAUAUGAUGACUGUGGAGACCUUAGUGAUGAACAGAACUGUGAUUGUAACCCAGUGACACAUCAUCAGUGUGGAGAUGGGAGAUGUAUAACAGCUGAUUGGGUGUGUGAUGGUGACCAUGACUGCAUAGACAAAUCAGAUGAGAUCAAUUGCUCAUGCCACAGUCAGGGUCUGGUGGAGUGCAGAAAUGGGCAGUGCAUUCCUAGUGCAUUCCAGUGUGAUGGAGACAAUGACUGUAAAGAUGGAAGUGAUGAAGAAAACUGCAGUGAAAGUCAAACCCUGUGUCAGGAGGGAGAUCAGAGAUGUGCUUCCUGCCCUGAUCCCUGUGGCACUUCUCUCUGUGAGAUGAGAAACAGCCAGGCAAACUGCAGUCAGUGUGAACCAAUUACUCUGGAGCUCUGCAUGAACUUGCCUUACAACUACACUUACUACCCAAACUACCUGGGCCACAGGACACAGAAGGAAGCCUCCAUCAGCUGGGAGUCUUCUCUUUUCCCAGCCCUGGUUCAGACCAACUGCUACAAGUACCUUAUGUUUUUUGCCUGCACAAUCCUAGUGCCAAAAUGUGACCCCCAUACAAACCAGAGGAUCCCACCCUGCAGGGCCUUGUGUGUGCAGUCUAAGGAGCGCUGCGAGUCCGUGCUGGGGAUUGUAGGUCUGCAGUGGCCAGAAGACACAGACUGCACUCAGUUUCCAGAUGAGAGCUCAGAUAACCAAACCUGUCUGACGCCAGAUGAAGAUGUAGAAGAAUGCUCACCCAGCCACUUCAAAUGCCGUUCUGGGAGGUGUGUCCUGGCAUCCAGAAGAUGUGAUGGGCAAGCUGACUGUGAGGAUGACAGUGAUGAAGACAGCUGUGGUUGCAGAGAAAGAGGUCUUUGGGAGUGUCCUUUGAAGAAGCUGUGCAUCAAGCACACAAUGAUCUGCGAUGGUUUCCCAGACUGCCCUGACAUGAUGGAUGAAAAGAACUGCUCGUUCUGUGAAGAGAGUGAACUGGAAUGUGCCAACCACGAGUGUGUGCCACGCGAGCUCUGGUGUGAUGGGCAAGCAGACUGCACUGACAGCUCAGAUGAAUGGGACUGUGUUACCCUGUCUAAAAACAUGAAUUCCUUGAUGUUCCUGACCAUUCACAGGUCAGCUGCUGAUAACCACGUUUGUGCUGAUGAGUGGCAAGAAAAUUUAAGCCAGCUGGCCUGCAAUCAGAUGGGUUUAGGAGGCCCAUCCAGAACAGAAAUUGUGAUAGAGGAGGAGGAAAUGCAGCACCAGAAUUGGCUGAACCUGCACUCGGACUGGAAGAACAGAAAUGCCUCCACCUUACAUGCACUGCUGGUGAAUGGGCAGAUGUGUCGAAGCAGAAGCAAAGUGGCUCUGUUCUGCACUAAGGAAGACUGCGGCCGGCGCCCAGCGGCUCGCAUGAGCAAGAGGAUCCUCGGCGGCAGGACAAGUCGCCCAGGCCGCUGGCCCUGGCAGUGCUCCCUGCAGAGUGAGCCCAGUGGACACAUCUGUGGCUGUGUUUUGAUUGCAAAGAGAUGGGUCUUGACAGUGGCACACUGCUUUGAAGGGAGAGAAAACGCAGCUGUUUGGAAAGUGGUGUUUGGGAUCAGCAAUCUGGACCACCCCUCAGGCUUCAUGCAGAGCCGCCUGGUGAAGAGCAUUAUCCUCCAUCCCCGCUACAACAGAGCAGUGGUGGACUACGACAUCAGCAUUGUAGAGCUCGAUGAGGACAUCCAGGAAACAAGCUACGUCAGACCUGUCUGUCUGCCCAGCAAGGGCCAGCUGGUGCGCCCAGACACCUACUGCUACAUCACAGGCUGGGGGCACAUGGGCAACAAAAUGCCUUUCAAGCUCCAAGAAGGAGAGGUUCGCAUCAUCUCCUUAGAGCAAUGCCAGUCCUACUUCGACAUGAAAACCAUCACCAGCAGGAUGCUGUGUGCUGGCUACGAGUCUGGCACCGUGGACUCAUGCAUGGGUGACAGUGGAGGCCCACUCGUGUGUGAGCAACCUGCAGGGCGCUGGACUCUGUUUGGUUUAACAUCUUGGGGUUCUGUCUGCUUUUCCAAGGUUUUGGGACCUGGAGUUUACAGCAAUGUGUCACAUUUUAUUGAGUGGAUUGAAAGACAAAUAUACAUCCACACCUUCCUGCUAAACUAACUCCAGAUGGUAAGAAUUGUGCUGACAGGCAACAGAGAGAGGGGGAAAAAAAAGGAAUCAGCACUUCCAACAAUGAAGAUUUUGCAGUCCAGAAGGAGUUUCAAGCUCUGGUUGUGGAGCUCUGGAAUAUGCAGUUGUAUGUUAAUGGUAAACCCUCUGCUGGUGAAUAUACUUUUGAGGUAGAAUGAGUAACCCUUUGGACUUUGCUUUUCACUGGGCUGUGCUGUUACUCCAAACACAGCCAAACAAAAGCUUCAAAGGAAGGAAUCAGCCACUUGCUGCCUUUCAGCUCUUCAAAUAAAGCAGUAGCCCAGACUAGGAAACCUUUUUUAGAUAGCCUGUUUGAGCACUAUUCAGUUAGCAGCACAGAUGUUGUCACUCACUGGUUGGCAUGAAGAAUGGCACUGCCAGGACCUGUGCUUGCAGCAGCUGCACAGCUGGAGCCUGUGGGAGAGACUGAGGAGUUGGUACAUCCCUGUGGCACAGGGCUCCAAAGGUGUGCAGCUAUGUGCUGCUGCUGGGCCUGAGGCUUUCAGUCCCUCAGGAUGGGUGGUAAGCUGCAUGGGCAUAAGCCUGUGCCAGCCUCACCCUACAGCUUGGUCCUCUGUGGGGUGACAGAGGGACCAGACCCAUAACUAUCCUCUGAGGCACCUGAGGCCAAAACCUGCUUGUUCUGGCUCUUUAGACAGUUUCUCCUUAAUUUUCUGAAGCUUGCCAAGGUCUCAGUGCCCAGGAAACAGCCACAGGUUGACAACUCUGGUGUGGAGCAGCACAUUUAGCUAUGCCCCACUGGCUUCUCCCCCAGUUUGUGCAGUGCACUCAGCAUGCAGCGAACACCUCCAGCCCUCUACAAACCAGACAGGGUUGGCAGUGCCGCUGCAGAAGUCUCCCCUCCUAGAGUCAGCUCCUUCAAGCAUCUGGUGAAACAGGGGAAAGAAUCAUGGAAUCAGUCAGGCAGGGUUGGAAGGGACCACAAGGAGCAGCCAGUUCCAACCCCCCCUCCAUGGCCAGGGACACCCUACCCUAGAGCAGGCUGCUCACAGCCUCAUCCAGCCUGGCCUCAAACACCUCCAAGGCUCAGGCUUCCACCACCUCCUUGGGCAACCCAUUCCAGGCUCUCCCCACUCUCAUAGUGAAGGAUUUCUUCCUAACAUCCAGUCUGACUCUCCCCACCUCCAGCUCUGCUCCACAAGGCUGAUUUCAAGUGCACAAGGUGCAGUGUGCAACACUAUCCCAGAAAUGGCAUUUUUUGGAUGGGGCACUUCUAGGAUCUUGCAUUCAGAGUUUGGUUUUGCUUAGCAAGAUUAAACAACUGGGAGAAAGAAAAAGGCAGAGAUAAAUUUGAAUGAGAGAAGGCCUGGAGCCCAGAUGCUGUUCAGUGACCUGUGUCAAGCACAGCCCCACAGCUCCAUCAGGCUCAAAGGCUUGGCAGCCAGGUGGUGGAGUGCCAGAGCAGCAGGUAAGAGCCUUGACUCCGAGGCAGUCCGGUUGAAAAGAAUGAUCCUGGAGCUUGGCACCUCUUGAAGGUGCCAGAGGGCAGGAGUCUCACCCACCCUGCAGCUGACAGCUUUUGGGAAGGCAGAGCAGGAGCCUCAGGAAGCUGAGGAGUCCAGGCUGAGUCGCCCAGGGGAGCAGUGUGCUUCUGAGCCGUGUGCCCUCAGCGCUGCCCCUGGGAAUGCAGCCUAGGGCAUGAAAUGCCCUCUCUGCUACCUCUGGCAUGCCUCCACGACAGCAUGGCAGGGCCUUGUCCAUCCCCUGACUGCCACACGUGGAAACAUGCAUUAAAAGAGCUACCUAGUGGAGGUUUCAGGUACUUUAAAUCAUCCCACAGCAAAUCUACCUAGCUCUGACUCUUGCUUUAGUGAAGGUUUACCUCUCAGUCCCACACCUCCUCCUCUAACAUGCCCAGCAUCAGGCAGCACCAAUAAUAAACACCCAAUAUUUAUGUUAUGGAUUAUGAAACUAUUUAAGUGAUUGCUGCAGCACUCAUUUGUGCUCAGAAGGAAAACCCUCCUGGGCUUUGCUAGGGUUGGGGUUUUUAACUACCUAUUGAGGAUUUUGGAUUUACUACAACACAUAAAUGCUCUACAGGAGAGAAAGCUGCUGUGACUGUAUUGCACCAGUGCAAGCAGAUGAAAGCUGAAGCCUCACCUGCUGAGAGCUGUGCCUGGAGGCAGGCAGGGCUGUUGGGAGAGGAAGAGCCCAGUCUGGCCUCUCUUCUCCAGCAGAUGAAGUGGUUAGCAGCUUCGAGAUCCCCAAGGCACUGGAGUGCACAUCACCAUUUCGUGUAGCCCUCAGCACUACUGAGUGACAAUAGGUAGUGACACAGCUUCUCCAGCUGGGGCUGGCCUGCCCCCAGUCUCCAGGAAACGAAGCAGAGUCCUGCUUAAACACAGGGUCCUUCCCUUCUGAAGAGGCUACAGGCUGAGCCCCAUGCCAAGCAGCUCCAGGAGGGAGCAGCUGUGUCUGUCCCUUCUGAAGAGGCUACAGGCUGAGCCCCAUGCCAAGCAGCUCCAGGAGGGAGCAGCUGUGUCUGUCCCUUCUGAAGAGGCUACAGGCUGAGCCCCAUGUCAAGCAGCUCCAGGAGGGAGCAGCUGUGUCUGUCCCUUCUGAAGGGACUACAGGCUGAGCCCCAUGCCAAGCAGCUCCAGGAGGGAGCAGUUGUGUCUGUCCCUUCUGAAGAGGCUACAGGCUGAGCCCCAUGUCAAGCAGCUCCAGGAGGGAGCAGUUGUGUCUGUCCCUUCUGAAGAGACUACAGGCUGAGCCCCAUGUCACACAGCUCCAGGAGGGAGCAGUUGUGUCUGUCCCUUCUGAAGAGGCUACAGGCUGAGCCCCAUGCCAAGCAGCUCCAGGAGGGAGCAGUUGUGUCUGUCCCUUCUGAAGAGACUACAGGCUGAGCCCCAUGCCAAGCAGCUCCAGGAGGGAGCAGCUGUGUCUGUCCCUUCUGAAGAGACUACAGGCUGAGCCCCAUGCCAAGCAGCUCCAGGAGGGAGCAGUUGUGUCUGUCCCUUCUGAAGAGGCUACAGGCUGAGCCCCAUGCCAAGCAGCUCCAGGAGGGAGCAGCUGUGUCUGUCCCUUCUGAAGAGGCUACAGGCUGAGCCCCAUGCCAAACAGCUCCAGGAGGGAGCAGUUGUGUCUGUCCCUUCUGAAGAGACUACAGGCUGAGCCCCAUGCCAAGCAGCUCCAGGAGGGAGCAGCUGUGUCUGUCCCUUCUGAAGAGACUACAGGCUGAGCCCCAUGCCAAGCAGCUCCAGGAGGGAGCAGCUGUGUCUUUCCCCUCCCUCACAGCCGUGUGGGACACAACAUUCCAUGUAAAGAGGAGAUUUGUAGUUUUCUACCUGUAUUUUUCUACUGCUCUUUUCUAAGGUGUGCAGGUGGCACAGGCACCCAGCCUGCUCCUGGCACCCAGCAAGCCUCCCCCCGUGUGCUGACACAGCAGCUAAAGGCACCAGCAGGCUGCUUCUCUUCCAAGUGCAGCCUCACUGUAAGGUAACCGUGGUUGGUUGUGGCUUCCACCCCAGCUGGAGCUCCAUGUCACACAGCCAAGCAGAUGUGUUUCUUUCUAGCUGUACUAAUAAAAACAUUUUCCAACUAA